AAUGGUUUAUUUAUUAUGUGUUUCUUUUUCAUCUUCCAGCCAUUUUUCCAGCUGGUGAAACUAAGAAAACUCGGCCUGAGUGACAAUGAGAUCCAGAGACUCCCACCAGAAAUAGCCAACUUCAUGCAGCUGGUAGAACUCGAUGUCUCUCGAAAUGAUAUUAUGGAAAUCCCAGAGAGCAUUUCAUACUGCAAAGCCCUCCAAGUGGCAGAUUUCAGUGGAAAUCCAUUAACAAGGUUACCUGAAAGCUUUCCAGAGCUGCGGAAUCUAACAUGCCUUUCCAUCAAUGAUAUUUCAUUGCAAGUUCUUCCAGAAAACAUUGGAAACCUUUCCAAUUUGGCAUCACUAGAACUCAGAGAAAAUCUGCUGACAUUCCUACCAGAGUCACUAUCUAUGCUUCAUAGACUUGAAGAACUUGACCUAGGAAAUAAUGAACUAUACAGUUUGCCCGAGUCAAUAGGCUGUCUUGUCAACUUAAAGGACUUGUGGCUGGAUGGAAACCAGUUGGCCGAAAUACCCGCAGAGAUGGGCAGCAUGAAAAACCUGUUGUGUCUGGAUGUAUCAGAAAACAAAAUGGAGCGACUUCCAGAGAAUUUAGGUGGCCUGGUGUCACUCACUGACCUGCUGGUGUCUCAAAACCUCAUUGAUGCUCUACCGGAAAGCGUCGGAAAACUACGGAAACUCUCUAUAUUGAAAGCUGAUCAGAACAGGUUAACUUAUCUCCCAGAGAGCAUUGGCAACUGUGAAAGCCUUACUGAACUUGUGCUCACAGAGAACCAGCUACAGAGUUUGCCGAGGAGUAUUGGGAAAUUGAAGCGACUUUCCAACUUCAACUGUGACAGAAACCAGCUGACGUCAUUACCUAAGGAGAUCGGGGGAUGCAGCGGUCUGAAUGUCUUCUGUGUGCGAGAGAACAGACUGACGAGGAUACCGUCAGAGCUGUCACAAGCCACAGAGCUGCAUGUGCUCGACGUUUCUGGAAAUAGGCUCGCCCACUUACCGCUGUCGCUGACCACGCUACGACUGAAGGCCUUAUGGUUGUCAGAAAACCAGUCGCAGCCUCUCCUCACCUUUCAGACAGACGAGGAUCCUGACUCAGGCGAGAAGGUGCUCACCUGUGUGCUGCUGCCUCAACAGCCAUGUAAUUCAGACAAUAAAGGCUCUGAUAAUCUCGCCCGCUGUGGAGCCCUGGAGAGCCUGGUGAAUGACAUGGCAGAUGACACGUGGGACAACAAAGCAGUGAACAGGAUCAGUGCCAUUCACUUCCUGGAUGACGAUGAGGAGGAGGAUGAUGACCAGGGAACACUACUUAGACGAGCCACGCCUCACCCCGGCGAGCUGAAAACGAUGAAGAAAGCAGCCGAGAACCUCCGCAACGACCUGAACGCUGCCAAAGGCCUGGACUCCAACAAAAACGAGGUCAAUAACGCUGCAGACAGAGUGACCACGUCUGUGUGACCUUUUUACCUCAGAAAUGUUUUUUUUACCUCCUGUGUCUCGCCGUGUUGUCCUGCACAAACCCCCGCAGCCCCUUUUUUUUCUUUUACCUACGAACUCCCCGGUGUGGCCUACCCCUCCUCUGAUUAAACCCUGGGACGCCUGUAACCUUACUCCAUCUCCAGCCCUGUGUAAAAACGUGUUUGACUCAGUCUAUCAGGGCCACUGUGCCUUCUCCUCUUUUGACUAAUUAAUGUCCACAGCAAUAAUCUGCACAGAGAUGCUCCUUUAAAAAAAA